CAUCCAUGCAAAAUCCUCACUCGUCUCUCAAUCUCACUCUCGAAUCGUACUCUCUCUCUCUAGAAUCCCUUUCUUCCCCAUAAUCUCUCUAAAACCCGUUUCCGAAACGGAAAUUUCCUCCCUUCAAUCUGUUUUUCAUCACUCUCUGCAUUUAUUCCGUAAUAAUAAUCAAGCAGAUUCUAAAGAAAACGUACGUCGAUCGUCCCCUGCAUUUUCUGGAGAAAUACUAGUUGUGAAGGAGGAAGAAGAAGAAGAAGAAGAAGAAGAAGAAAAAGAAACGAUUCCCAGGCAUUGUUAAGCAGAGUUUCGAUGAUGGCGGUUUCUCAGACGGUUCAUGUGUCCCCUGCUUCCCUCUACGUUGGCGACCUUCAUCCUGAUGUCACUGAUGGUCAGCUGUUUGAUGCUUUCUCUGAGUUCAAGAGCCUCGCCUCUGUUCGCAUCUGUAGAGACUCCUCCACUGGCCGCUCUCUCUCAUAUGGCUACGUCAAUUUCAUCUCUCCUCCAGAUGCAAUCAAUGCUAUGGAGGUAAUGAAUCACACUGUGCUGAAUGGCAAAGUGAUACGAGUCAUGUGGUCGCAUCGCGAUGCUGAUGCAAGAAAAAGCGGAAUUGGAAAYGUGUUUGUUAAGAACUUGAGCGAUUCAAUCAAUAGUUUAGGACUUCAAGAGCUAUUCAAGAAAUUUGGAAAUGUUCUGUCCUGCAAAGUUGCAACAUCCGAUGAUGGGAAGAGCAAAGGAUAUGGCUUUGUUCAAUUUGAGACUGAGGAUUCUGCAAAUGCUGCCAUAGAGUCGCUGAAUGGUUUCACCAUUGGGGAUAAGCAGAUAUAUGUUGGAAAGUUUGUCAAGAAAAGUGAGAGAGUUUUGGCAAAUCCUGAUGUUAAAUACACGAAUCUGUAUGUAAAAAAUCUGGACCCAGAAGUUGGGGAAGAGUUUCUGCUGGAAAAAUUCUCGGAGUUUGGAAAAAUUUCCAGCUUGGUUAUUUCAAAAGAUGAGAAUGGGAUGUCAAGGGGUUUUGGCUUCAUUAAUUUUGACAACUCUGAUGAUGCCAAACGGGCACUGGAAGCACUUAAUGGAUCACAACUUGGUUCAAAGAUUAUCUACAUUGCAAGGGCACAGAAGAAGUCAGAACGUGAGCAAAUAUUACGUCGACAUUUUGAAGAGAAACGUAAGGAGCAAAUGUUAAAAUGCAAGGGCUCGAAUGUGUAUGUGAAGAAUAUUGAUGAUGAUGUAACUGAUGAAGAACUCAGAGAACUUUUUAGUCAGUGUGGCACAAUCACUUCAUCAAAACUUAUGCGGGAUGACAAGGGAAUAAACAAAGGGUUUGGAUUUGUUUGCUUCUCUAAUCCUGAGGAAGCUAAUAGAGCUGUAAACACUUUGCAUGGAUGCAUGUUCCACCGGAAGCCACUCUAUGUGGCCAUAGCACAAAGGAAAGAGGAUAGACAAGCACAAUUGAAGCUUCAGUUUGCACAACGAUUGGCGGGGAUAGCAGGACCAUCAACUCCGCUUUUUCCUGGUGGAUACCCACCUUAUUACUACACAGCACAAGGUGUUCUUCCACAAGUACCAUCCCGUCCAGGUCUGAUGUUUCAGCCUUUAGGAUUAAGGCCUGGAUGGAGAGCUAAUACUUUUCCAUCUCCAGCACGACCGGUCGGUUUUCAACCUUCACCUAUACCUGUUAUUCCAAAUGCUCCUAGGCAACCAAGGCAAAACAGAGGCAAAAUGAACGGGCAAGUGCUUUCUCAAAAUGGUGCCCAGCCUCUCUCUUAUAUGCCAAAUCCACAGGACAGCAAUCCAGUAGUUACUGCAAAAUCAUCCGGCAAUCAACCGUGGACUGGACAGGUUAAGUAUGUCCCAAAUGGUCGCCCGCGUGAAACAAAUAAAGCUUCUGGACCCUCAUCUGCUGCCUUUAGUUCUGUUGGAGAUGUCUCUCAGGGAUCACAAAUACUGAGCAGCAUGCUGGCUGCCUCUCCCCCUGACCAACAAAAACAGAUCCUUGGGGAGCAUCUCUACCCACUAGUCCAGAAACACAAGCCGGAGCUGGCCGCGAAAAUUACCGGGAUGCUUCUGGAGAUGGACAACACAGAAUUGCUGCUGCUGUUGGAGUCACCUGAAUCUUUGGCUGCAAAGGUGGAAGAAGCAGUGCAGGUGCUUAAGAUCUCCAAGACAAAAAUGUCCAACCAAGACACUCUCAGUAGUUACUUAUCAGCUGAGGUUGCAGUCAACUGAAAGAAAGAAAGCAAGCAAAAACAAACUGCUCGAACACUUAAUUCACUUUCUCAGCGAAUUCUUCUAGCUAUUAGAGAGCUUAACUCGAAGUUCCGGGAGAGUCAAAUUUUUGAUACUGAACAAUCCAAUCCAUUUCUGGCCUGGAGAGGAGUUUUUUUCUUUUCAGAUUUUUGAAGUCAGUUUUUUUUUUCAAUUUUAUUUUUUUGAGGAACAUUUUAAUCUUUCUUUUGCUUAGAACUACUAACCCUUUACUAGUCUAGUGGUACUCUUUUUUUUUUCUUCUYUAUUUUUUUUUUCUGUCAAGAUGUUUGUUCUGUUUGGAAAUUGGAUUUGUUGAACGCU